AGUUAGGAUUGAGCUCCAUUUCUCCCAAGCAGUUCUUGCUCACUGAGCUGUUCAAGACUGGUGGCCGUGUUCCGGUUUCAUCGAUGAUUGGGUCGGAAGAAGAAGGUGGUGGUUGUCAGAAGCCACGGCGUGCUGCUACAUAUAAUACUCUUAUUGAUUUGUAUGGCAAGGCUGGGAAGCUGGACAAGGCUUCUGAGGUUUUUGCCGAGAUGUUGACAAAUGGUGUUGCACCGGAUGUGAUCACUUUCAAUACUAUGAUCGGUGUUUGUGGGACGAAUGGCCGGUUAGGUGAAGCUGAAGCUUUGCUCGGUGAAAUGGAACAGAGAGGAGUUCGCCCAGAUGCAAAGACGUUCAAUGUGUUCAUGUCGAUGUAUGCGGCAACUGGGAAUGUAGAAAAGGUGUUGAAGUAUUAUAGGAAGAUUAGUUUGGCCGGUCUUCGACCGGAUGUUGUGACACAUAGGAUAAUUUUGCAGGUUUUGUGUGAGAGGAGGAUGGUUAAUGAUGCAGAGAAUGUGAUUGAUGAAAUGCUUGAUUCGGGUUUUCAAGUUGAUGAGCAAUCACUGCCAGUAGUUAUGAAGAUGUACAUUGAUGAGGGGCUCCUUGAUGAGGCAAACAUGUUUUUUGAAAAGCAUUGCUCUGGUAGAGAGAUUUCAUCCAAGAACUAUGCUGCUAUUAUGGAUGCAUAUGCGGAGAAGGGUUUGUGGAAAGAAGCCGAGGUUGUCUUUUUUAGAAAGAGGGAUGCAGAGCACAAGAAGGAGGUGGUGGAGUACAAUGUGAUGGUGAAGGCAUAUGGGAAGGCAAAGCUUUAUGAUAAGGCUCUUUCUUUGUUUGAGAGCAUGAGAAGCUAUGGCACUUGGCCUGAUGAGUGCACUUUUAAUUCAAUCAUUCAAAUGCUUUCUAGUGGUGAUCAGCCGGAGAAAGCAAGGGAGCUGUUGGACAGGAUGAAAGUUGCGGGGUUUAAACCUAGAUGUGAGACAGUGUCAGCUCUUAUUGCAUCUUAUAUCCAUGCAGGAUUAAUAUCUGAGGGAGUUAAGCUCUACCAAGACAUGAAGAACUUGGAUGUUCAGCCAAAUGAAGUUGUGUAUGGUUUGCUUAUAGAUGCAUUUGCUGAAUCUGGGGAUACUGAAGAAGCCCUUCACUAUUUUCACUUGAUGGAAGAAUCUGGAUUUACUGCAAAUCAGAUUGUCCUUACUUCUCUCAUAAAGGCUUAUUCUAAGAAUGGAAGCUGGGAAAGAGCUCAAGAGCUGUAUGGGAAGAUGAAGACUUUGGAAGGUGGUCCAGAUAUAAUUGCUUCAAAUUGUAUGAUCAAUCAUUUUGCUGGGCUAGGGAUGGUAAGAGAAGCUAAAUUGAUCUUUGAUGACUUGAGGAAAAAGGUUCAGGCUGAUGAUGUUUCAUAUUCUACGAUGAUGUAUCUUUACAAAAGCAUGGGCAUGCUGGAUGAGGCGACUAAUUUGGCUCUGGAGAUGAAGAGUUCUGGUUUGCUAACUGAUUGUGCUUCGUAUAAUAAUGCCUUGGCUACUUUUGCAGUGAAUAGCAAGCUAAGAGAUUGCGGGGAACUGGUACAUCAUAUGCUAGCCAGAAAGAUUUUGCCUGAUCCUUCAACAUUCAAAAUUAUUUUCACUUUAUUGAAAAAGGGUGGGCUACCACCUGAGGCUGUCUCACAGUUAGAACUUGCAUACACUGAGGGAAAACCUUAUGCUCGGCAGAUAGUAAUAACGUCCUUGUUCUCCAUUGUGGGAUUACAUCCAUUUGCUCUAGAAUCAUGUAAAACCUUUGUUUCUGCUGAGGUAGGUCUUGAUUUGUCGGCGUAUAAUGUUGCGAUUCAGGCUUAUGGAGCUGCAAAUGAGGUUGAGAAAGCCUUAAAUCUGUUCAUGAGAAUGCAAGAUGAAGGACUGAAGCCAGACCUCAUCACUUAUAUUAAUUUAGCAUGCUGCUAUGGGAAAGCAGGGAUGAUUGAAGGACUAAAGCGCAUCUAUGGAUUGUUAAAAUAUGGGGAGAUUGAGCCAAAUGAAUCUCUAUUUCGAGCUUUGAUAAAUGCUUAUAAUGACACUGGAAAACAUGAUCUUGCUGAAAUAGUUGAGCAGGAAAUGAGAAUUAGUCCUCAUGAUGAGAACAGUAGUGGGUGUGAAACUGAAGAUGAAGUAUGAGCCUGCAUUGAUAUGACGAGUUUAUCUUCAGUAUAAACUUAAAUAUGUGCAGGCCUCUGUGAAAUAGAUGCCUUAUGACACUUUGGCAUUUUAAACAAGGUGCAGGUACCACUGAAUACUGUUGAUUACAUGUGCCAGUCAGGUCUUAAUUUACCAAUUGAAACUCUUCACCCAAUUUUAUGUGCAACUGACCAGGGUGGUGAACUUAAUAUGGCAAGAGUCAACAAAAGCUUUGAAUUCAAAAUCUAGAGGACAAUUUUGAAUUUGAAGACUUCAAGUCAAACAACAUUCUUUGUGUAGUCAUGUGCUCGAUAGCUAAAAAUAGUUGAAGUCGCAUGUCGACUAUGCCGUGCAAGAAUGUUUCUACUAGUUUUUGGUGCUCGACACAUCUGUCAGAAAUCUGCAAAUUGCUGCUGCUGAAGCAUAUCUGCUGAAAGCUUGGUUUUGUAAGGUAAUGACUGAUGGUUAAGACAAGAUGUACUUAGCUUCAUCCUACUUUUGAAUUAGGCUUGUAAUCUGGAUAAAUUAUAUAGGGUUUCUUUUAGUUUUGUUUGCCUAUUUGUUGUUUCUAUUGGUAUUAGGUAUUGAUAUUUUAGUGCCUUGGGAUCUUUUUAGUGAAAUACUUUUAUGCGUGUCUCUGAUGCUAAGCGUUAUAUCAUGAUGAGAUAUCUGUGU